GUGUAUGCUGCCACCAUGAUCUUGCUCGUCAAUAGAGCCAAUUGCCAAGUACUAGGUUUUGCUGUAACCACCAUGGCAUGGAUUCUUUCCAGCACUUCCAUGGGCCUCGUGGAGUGGAGAGUUUGGUAUAUGGAUGACCCUUCACUCUCAUUCUCUGGCAUGGCCAUGGUUGGAAUGUGGAGAGUUUGUAUUUAUCGCCAUAACAGCAACUCCAGCAAAGUCAAAAUGUGUCACCAACACACCUACAAUGAUACCUUCUUCCCUCCUGACAUUCGUGUUGGUCAACACCUGCUGAUGGCUGCCAACUUCCUUGGGCUCUUUGGGAAAGCCUUUGUCAUCUUUGCACUUAGGAAUGUAUAUAUGGGAAUCCUUCAGAAAAACGUCACCUGCAAUCCAUUCAUCAUUUCAGGAAUUCUGAAUAUCAUUGCUAGUGGCUGUAUCUCACUUGCUGUACUCUGGAAUUACUAUGCCAUCACAAACAUGGAGGGGAUUGACUUCCCACUAUCUUUCCAUGUGCCCUUUAAGCCAAAUACUCAGGAAAUUGGAAGUGCUAUUCUAGUGGCAACUCUAGCUGCCUUCUUGUUCUUGCUAAGUGGCAUGUCUUUCCUUUCUUACAGUAUUCCACCAGACAUCCAAGUGCAUCCUGAUGUUUGAAAACCAACAUUCAGGUAGCAUUGGCUUUAAAAUCCAAAAUUCAAAUCUAAGGGACUUAUGGGAAUUAUUACUAAGGUGUUCUAUCAAAUAUUUUCAAUGACUCACAACUAUGGCCAAUGUGGCCUGGUACAGAAAGUGCCCAGCUGAUUUGUUCCAUUAUCUUUUGUGUCUGAAUUUUUUUAUUGAUCAUUAGUUGACUUCCAUUUAAAAAAAAUUUCCCACCUGCAAGUCGGUCAUAUGGGAUAUGAGUUUUAAUUGUUUCUGGCUAAAUGAAAUAAUUCAAUAAACCUAGUAAAUAAAUGAAAGUGUCAAAGUACAUUAACCUAUCACAUCUCCCUCUGCUACUGAUGCUAAAAACAAGUUGAACUUAUUUCCCAUGUCAUGAUAGCAUUUCUCUAAUCUAUGGUUUUUGAAAAUGUGCAAAAGUAAAAAAAUUACCAAGACUCCUGACAUAUCCAUUACAAGACUCAAUAAUUCUCAAGAUUUCGCUAU